AUACCACACAAGAUAAAAUUUUAUUCAAGAAAAGAAUGAAUAUUUAUCAAGAAAAAAAGGUUGACCACAAACUAGUCUUGCUGCUUAGCCAAAUCCCUAUAAGAGCAGAAUCACUUUGCCUUGCUAGACAUUAAACACCAUCGUAAAAGAGAAACUAAAAUCAAGGUUCAAGAAUGAAGAGAUUCCACUUUAUUAUGUUAUUCAUUCUCCUAGCGGCAACUUCUAUUCAAAUCAAUGCUCAGACUUGCAAACCGAGUGGCGGCAUCCGGGGAAGAAAACCACCUCCUGGACAAUGCAACAAAGAGAAUGACUCGGAUUGUUGUGUCCAAGGUAAGUUCUACACCACGUAUACAUGCUCUCCUGCAGUGACAAGUGCUACUAAAGCAAAGCUUACCAUAAACAGUUUCCAAAAGGGAGGUGAUGGCGGUGGCCCGUCAGAGUGUGACAACCAAUACCACUCCGAUGACACGCCAGUUGUGGCAUUAUCAACUGGAUGGUACAAGGGAGGGGAUAGGUGCCAUAAGUAUAUCACCAUCAACGGAAACGGGAGGAGCGUGAAGGCGAUGGUUGUGGAUGAGUGUGACUCUACUAUGGGGUGUGAUGCAGAUCAUGACUAUCAACCACCUUGCCCCAAUAAUAUUGUUGAUGCUUCAAAAGCUGUGUGGAAAGCCUUAGGGGUAUCACAAGAUAACUGGGGAGAUUUGGAUAUUACUUGGUCAGAAUAAUUAUAUGUAACUCUUCUUAAGAAUGUCAAAAAGUUAUUAUGUGUUUAUUUGCUAGUGAGUAUAUAUAUAUUUUACGUGAAGCUAUAUAUAUUUGUGUU